AUGCGAAUUCUGGUCACGGGUGCAGCUGGAUUUAUUGGCAGCCAUACAACACUCGAGUUGGUGGAAGCCGGCUAUGAUGUGAUGUGUAUAGACAAUUUCUCCAAUUCAGUGUCUGAUGGGAAAGGAAAUGCUGUUUCGUUAUUGCGAGUGGCUGAAUUAGUUGGUAAACCGAUUCCUUUCGAGGAAUGUGAUGUUUGCGACCUGGAGCACCUGGACUCUGUUUUUGCAAAGGGAAAUUUCGAUGGCCUUAUCCAUUUAGCCGCUUUAAAAGCUGUAGGCGAGUCUGUUGCAAUGCCUUAUGAAUAUUAUUCUAAUAACCUCGUCGCUAGUCUUAAUCUUGUAAAGAUGUGUCAAAAGUAUGAUGUUAAAAACUUUGUCUUUUCUUCGAGCGCCACUGUGUAUGGCGUUCCAAAGGAACUGCCAGUAACAGAGAAUAGUCCAACCGGCCAGGGAAUAACUAACCCCUAUGGUCAGACUAAGUACAUGAUGGAGCAAAUAUUAAUCGACGUCGGGAAGGCUCACCCGGUGGCCAUAGGUAAACUGCCUGUACUGAAAAUUUUCGGUGACAAAUGGGACACACCGGAUGGAACGGGACAAAUUUUGUUAUUCGCUCCAGGUCACGUUGGAACGGAAAUCUACAAUCUUGGAACCGGUACAGGUUAUUCAGUGAAAGAAAUGGUUGCAGCUUUCGAAAAAGCUAGUGGUCGUAAGGUACCCACAGAGGUUGGUGAGCCCCGCAGUGGUGACAUCGCUUCUGUGUACUGUGAUCCUUCUCUGGCGUUAAAAAUGCUCGACUGGAAAGCAGAAUUCGGUUUGGAGGAUAUGAGCCGUGAUCUUUGGCGCUGGCAAAGUAACAAUCCUAAUGGUUUCGCUCAAGCGUAA